AUGUGCCGCCCUGUCGCACCUUUUGCACUGCUGAGCCUUGUCCACUUAUUUUGGCUUGUACUUCGUCUAGCGCCAGCCGUCGCCAUAGUUGACGCUGACAACUGUUGGAAUGACAGCCAGCAGUGCCUUAUACAUGCAACACUACAUCGCGCCGAUGAGCCGCCGCUUUCCGCUGGGCUGACAGUGGAAAUCGAUUGUCAAACAAAAAUUGCUUUACCACCGGCUGGUGAGCAAAAUCAUGCGCCCGCAUUGCUGCUGCGGCGCCUAGAGCUGGCGGAAAGUUUGCUGCUCGAUGGCUGCCACACACCGUUAGGGGUCGAAACGUACGGCAUGGAAUACCUACCCAACUGUGGCACUGUGCCGCAAGUGUACAUGGAGCGUUUCCAUGCGGACACGCUACAGCCCUUCAAUUGUCCAGGCGUGAACAAUAGCGACAUGCAGCUGGAGCUGCUGCGUUACCGCAACAAUGAAUUGGCCACCAUUGGCACUGAUAAUUUUGCGAAUCUGCCGCAAUUGCGUGAACUGUACUUUGCGGGCAACUCACUGCGUCAUAUUGCGCGUUCGGCAUUUGAUACGCUGCGUGCGGUGGAGCGCAUACAUAUCGUACACGAACCGUUGUUGGCGCUCAAGGACGGCGAUUUGUUUGAGCGCACAGGCGUUGCUGAGCUACAGCUCGCCCAGUUGAAGCAUAUCACCUCCGAUCUAUUUGGCCACCUGCCUGAGACAUUGCGCCAAAUACACAUCGCACGCGCAACCUUCGACGAUGACGCCGUGGUGGUGAGUAAUCCACAGCUGCUGCGUAAUAUAUCAAUCACCGUUUGCACCUUGAAAUCUUUCACGCUGCUCGAAUCGGCACAAACCACAAGCGUGCGAUAUGUAAAUUAG